GAUAUGUUCGUCACUUCCUGCAAAGCUACUGGCAAACUCUCCCAAAACAGGAAACAGGAAGCGUGACGCAAAAAAUUGGCAGAGUCUGAUUUAAGGCGAUCAUGUUUGGGUGACAAGGGGAGCUCACUGGCUAUAAGUGACCGUCUGUAUCUCGCUCCUUCCCCUCUUUAUCAAUGAACGAGUGGGUUCCGCUGUCUCCUGCAUAUCUCCAGGCAACACAGCUCUUCUACCCCUGGGAAGCAGGAAUAGGGUCACUUCCAGGUCAGUCCCUCCCACAAGGAGCCAAUGGGAAUGUGGGAGGAAGCGAGUGACACAGGGAUGAAGGGGAAGAAGAAGAAGGAUAAAAAUGAGGAGGAGGAGGAGCGGGGGAAGAAGGAGAGAAUGGUGAAUCUGACACUGGAGAUGAUCUAUCUGCUGACUGGAGAGCACUACAUCCCUAGGAAGAUGUCAGAUGAUGGGGGGGCCCUGCAUGCCCCUGGCUCCGUCAUACAGAAGGAAAAUAACAAGAAUGACAAGAAGAUCCUGGAACUCAUGUCCAACAUCAUCCAGCUGCUGACUGGAGAGGAGUGGGACUAUAUAAAAGGAAAGAAGGUGGAACCCCAGCAGUUCCUCUCAAUAAAUAUUGAAUCUGGCCUGGAGGCAACAUUGUAUAAUAAUGAGCCAAGCAAUAUUGUGGCAGUAGAAGAAGCAGAUUUUUGUGAACAAGGAAAUCUCACAAACCCUGAAAAUUCUCUGAUUCAAUGGGACACACCUACAAAUGUGAUUAAAGAGGAAGUGGCUUCAUGUAAAAAGAGAGACCAAUCAGAUUGCAGCAUUAAUCCAUUUACAGAACCGAUACAGGGAAAAGAUACACCUACACCUAUCAUGGGAUGCAGACUGAAUAACAGUUUGACAGAUAAUUAUAUAUUAAAUGGUAUUAAUGAGCAGUCAACUUCAUGGGAAGGAGGAAACCAAUCAGAUUGCAGGAUUAAUCCACUUACAGAGCACAUACAGAGAACAGAUACACCUACUCCUAUCAUGGGAUGCAGCUUGGCAGAGGAUUACAUAUCACUUGCUAUUAAAGAGGAAGCAGUUUCAUGGGAAGGAAGAAACCAAUCAGAUUGCAGCAUUAAUCCACUUAAAGAACAGAAACAGGGAACAGAUACACCUACUCCUAUCAUGGGAUGCAGCUCAAAUGACAUCCCAUCGGUUAAUUAUAUGUUGGAUGCUAUUAAAGAGGAGCCAACAUCAUCUGAGGGGGAAGAUCACUUUGAUUACAGAAUCAUCACUGUUUCUGAUGAGCUACAGGAAUCAGAUGUGCCUUCUCCUGUUAUGGGAGGCAGCCUGAAUAACAGUUUGUCUUCUGAUUCUGCACUGAACACUAUUAAGGGAGAAGGAACUUCACAUGAAGAGGAGAAUCAUUUAGACUACACAAUUAUUACAAUUUCAGAUCAGAUGCAUGGAGCAGAUUCCUUUACUGCUUUUAGCCAGACUAAUGACUUGCCAGGAUACAAUAUUACUAAUCAAUCCCCGACAGCAUUGAAGCUCAUAUACAAGUGCUCCGUGUGCAACAGAUCGUUUGACAGUAAAAGGGGAGCUGUUCGACAUCAUAAAAGGAGUCAUGAGUUAGAAAAGAAAUUUUCUUGCUCUGAGUGUGGAAAAUGCUUUACCGAUCGCUCUGCCCUGAAAACACACUUUAAAAUUCACACGGGGGAGAAACCGUAUUCGUGUUCCGAAUGCGGGAAAUCCUUUUUAUACAACAAAGACUUGAAAAUCCAUUACAGAAUCCACACUGGGGAAAAACCCUUUUCUUGUACAGAAUGCGGGAAACACUUUGCAUACAGCUCGGACCUUAAAAUCCACUGGCGGCUUCACACAGGGGACAAGCCGUUCUCUUGUUCCGAAUGUGGGAAAUGCUUUACUCAUCGCUCGGGCCUGAAAAGUCACGAACGUUAUCACACAGGAGACAAAUAUAGUUGUGCAGAGUGCGGGAAGUGUUUUGUACAUGGCUCUCAGCUUAAGAGACACCUUCGAAUUCACACGGGAGAGAAGCCCUUCGCCUGCUCUGAAUGUGACAAAUGUUUCUAUAAUAGCUUUGAACUCAACAGACAUUUCCGAAUUCACACUGGAGAGAAGCCAUUCACUUGUCCUGUGUGUGGCCACUGCUUUGCACGGCGCUCGCAUCUCACCAGACACCUCAAGUGUCAUAAGGGAUAUCUGGCUUCUCCCCUGGAAGAGGGAAAUACUUCCUACUCUGCUUGUCCCUCACAGGAAGUGACUGAAGCCACAAUGGAACAAUGCAGAGAAUCCACUGCCCUGCUGCUCCCCUUGUCUCCUGAACUGCGGGCAGAUUUCGGUGUGAAAUGCAAAAUGUCAGGUUUCAACACCGAAAUCCACUGCGUCUGCCUGUGCGCGAGCGGUGGAGCAGGAGCAGAGAAGCAAAGUUCCAGUGACUUUAGGCAAGAGAGUAUUUACACAGGAGAAAAAUCCUAUUCUUGCCCGGAAUGUGGAAAAUGUUUUAGGCAGAAGUCUACAUUUACCGAACAUCAGCGAACCCACACAGGGGAGAAACCUUUCUCUUGUUUCAAGUGCGGGAAAUGUUUUGCUCGUAGUUCAAAGCUGGCCGAGCAUCAGCGAGUGCACACGGGGGACAAACCAUUCUCCUGUUCUGAUUGUGGCAAAUGUUUUACAUUCAGUUCAAACCUUAUCCGGCACCAGAAAACUCACUCAGGGGAGAAACCAUAUUCUUGCUCUGAAUGUGGGAAAUGUUACACACAAAGUACACAGCUUAAAAUACAUCGUCAAAGCCACACGGCAAAUCUGUCCUGCAGUUCUGAUAGCAGGGAUGCUUUUCCACACAACGCUGUACAGCAAAGGGUCAGUGACCGAAAAACUGUUUCUUGCCCCGAAUGUGGAAAAUGUUUCACAAGUCGCACCUACCUCAAUGUACAUAAGAAAGUUCACACCGGACAGACAUAUUCUUGUUCGGAGUGCGGGAAAAGUUUCUUAAGCCGGUCACACCUUAAUACACACCUAAGAACUCACACAGGAGAGAAACCGUAUUCUUGUUCCGAGUGUGGGAAAUGCUUUACGAGUUACGCAAUUCUCAUCACACAUAAAAGAAUUCACACUGGGGAAAGGCCGUUUUCCUGCCAGGAAUGCGGCAAAAGCUUUUCCUAUCGCUCUGUCUUUAUGGAGCAUCAGAAGAUUCACACGGGAGAGAAACCAUUCAGCUGCUCUGACUGUGGCAAGUGUUUCAGGUAUCGCUCCCACUUAAAGAAGAAGAUCCUGGAACUCAUGUCCAACAUCAUCCAGCUGCUGACUGGAGAGGUUGCCAUAAGGACUGAUCAUGUUUCCAUCUAUUUUUCCUUGGACGAGUGGGACUAUAUAAAAGGAAACAAGGACCUUUACAGGGGAGGAAUGAAGGAGGAGCCUCAGCAGCUCCACCCAGUGGAUUGUGAAUAUGAUGAUAACAGGGAUGUUACCACUGAUACUGCCCCAAGCAAGAUUGCUACUGAAAAAACAGCUGGAAAUGUCAUAAACCAUGAAACUUCUCCUGCGAAACAGCCCCUGGCAGCCAAUGGGAUUAAAGAGGAAGUGGCUUUGUGUGAAGAGGGAAACCAAUCAGAUUGCAGCAUUAAUCCACUUACAGAACAGAUACAGGGGACAGAUACACCUACUCCUAUUAUGGGAUGCAGUCUGAAUAACAGUUUGUCUGAUCAUUAUAUAAUAUCGGAUGGGAUUAAAGAGGAAGCGGCUUCAUGUCAAGGAGGAAACCAAUCAGAUUGCAGAAUGAAUCCACUUACAGAACAGAUACAGGGAACAGAUGCACCUACUCCUAUCAUGGGAUGCAGCCUGAAUAACGGUGGGGCAGAGAAUUAUAUAUCAGAUGGGAUUAAAGAGGAAGCGGCUUCAUUUCAAGGAGGAAACCAAUCAGAUUGCAGCAUUAAUCCACUUACAGAACAGAUACAGGGAACAGAUACACCUACUCCUGUCAUGGGAUGCAGCCUGAAUAACAACUUGGCAAAUAAUUAUAUAUCCAAUAGUAUUAUAGAGGAGUCAGAUUCUUGUGAAAGAGAAAACCAAUCAAACUGCAGAAUGAAUCCACUUACAGAACAGACAGAGGGAAUAGAUGCACCUGCUCCUAUCAUGGGAUGCAGUCUGAAAAACAACUUGGCAAAUAAUUAUAUAUCCAAUAGUAUUAUAGAGGAGUCAGAUUCUUGUGAAAGAGAAAACCAAUCAGACUGCACAAUGAAUCCACUUACAGAACAGACAGAGGGAACAGAUGCACCUGCUCCUAUCAUGGGAUGCAGCCUGUAUGACAGCUUUAUAGCUAAUUAUAUAUCAAAUGCUAUUAAAGAGGCAUCUGCUUCAUGGGAAGGGAAAAACCAAUCAGAUUGCAGCAUUUAUCCACUUACAGAACAGAUACAGGGAUCACAUGCACCCACUUCUAUCAUGGGGUGCAGCCUGAAUUUCUGUCCUUCAGAAAUGAUGUGCAGGGAAAGUAGCCAACUUCUAUAUACAUCUAAAAUAAGAACCUCCACCUUACCAGCAAUAUAUACCUGUGCCGUAUGCCAUAAAGGGUUCAGCAGAAAGAAAAACCUUGUCAGACACGAGAGAAUUCACACGGGAAUAAACACAUUUUCUUGCUCCGAGUGCGGAAAAUGCUUUGCACAGAAAGCACACUUGAUUGUGCAUCACAGAACUCACACAGGAGAGAAACCGUUCACUUGUUCCGACUGCGGCAAAUGCUUCAGGCAAAAGUCGCAGCUUAACGCCCAUCAGAGAAUUCACAAAGGGGAGAAGCCGUUUGCUUGUUCCGAGUGUGGAAAAUGUUUCACCCUUCGCUCCCACCUUAUCGUGCAUCAGAGAACUCACACCGGGGAGAAACCAUUCUGCUGCCAAGAGUGCGGCAAAUGCUUCUCUGACAAAUCCCAGCUGAAUGUGCAUGUCCAGCGUCACACGGGAAAGAAGCCGUUCGCUUGCUCCGAAUGCGGAAAGUGUUUCACUGCACGGUCGAGCCUUAAUGGGCACCAGAAAAUCCACUUCGGUGGGAAACCAUUUUCUUGCUCUGAGUGCGGCAAAUGUUUUACAUUGCGCUCUCAACUCAAUCUGCACUUGAAAACUCAUACUGGAGAGAAGCCUUUUCCUUGCUUGGACUGUGGGAAACACUUUACACGCCCCUCCAAUCUGGCCUCGCACCGCAGAGUUCACCAUUAAUGUUAUUUAUAGUAAUGCCGUUAAGUCUCUUUCAGCGUAGAAAAAUUCACAUUAAACCUGCCCGAAGGAUUUAGGUGCCUUUCACCUGGGGUGUCGGUGCUGUAUAUCAUUACUUUGGGUGUCCAUAUGUACUUAAUAUAUAUUAAUGGCAAGCCUGGGUGUGAUGAUGCCAUGUGGCAGAUGAUGUGCAAUAACUGUUUAAGCAGCAUGGCUUUGUGGGAAAGAUUGUCUCUGUCUAGUAACUUAUAGUAACCAGAUGCCUGUCUGUUAUAAUAACUGUAUUAGACCAGUUAAUGUUUGGUUGCUAUGGGUUACAGGAUUGAGGCAGACAUAAUCUACAGUGCCAUUCUCUGCACCCAGUAAACUGAACAUGCAGUACUAUGUUUUUAUAUUUAAUAUUAUAAUAAUGAUUCUUUUUGUAUGUACUGUGUAUUAAUUGCCUGGAUAUGGUUACCAUUUUUUAUUAAAUACAUUUUAUAAUAAUAA